GCCAGCGAAGGACUCAGUGUGAGUCUGAGGCAUUUGGAACGGAGAAGCACGACUUUCUCACUGUACAAAACUAGAUGAGAUAGAAUUACAUAAUCAAGUACUAGACUAUGUAUUAAUUUGUUUACGAUCUUCUAGGAAACUGCUGCUGCUCGUUAGUUACUCGUGACAAAACGUUCUACUUAGAAAAACAAUCCCAGUCCCACGUCCUCCUUGUUGCUUUCCAGCGACUUCUUCCGAAAAGCACCCCAUGCAGAAGAUGAAGCAACAGCAGGACGAACAAGUUCUAUCUACUCUGGCGGCACCAACAGCACGACGCGAACCGCGCAGCGCGGAAGACCUCGCUUUUCUUGACAACUACCCUGUUGGCUGUUGCGACAACAACUGCAGACCCGAUCAGGCACUCUGUCUGCCUUUCGUUUACCUCUGCAUCCCGUGGAUAUGUUGUCAUCCGCUGCAUCACUGGUAUCAAAUAUCGGUAUUUCAAGUUGUUAUUGAUAACAAGAAGCAGGAUAAUGACAUCAACAUAGUAUUUUGUAACGGAUAAUUGAGUAACCAUGUUGUUGACUAACAACUUUUUUGACUUCUUCAUCUUUGAGAUUGCUACUGACUGAAACAUCAAAAUAUCAAGCAGCGCUAUGUGUGGCUGUACUCCCUGCGUGCGUUGCAUGCUCGGCUGUGGAGCGAAUCCGAAUUCGAAAUUACGCUGUUGGUUUGACGGAGAUCCCAUGGGGUGGGCAAGUGGCUUCUUAAGGCUAGUCGGUCACUAUCUGGUGUGAAAUAGAGGUUUAUUACUGAGAAUGGAACCCCCUUGUUUUGUCUUUGUGUGAGUGUUAGUGUUACUAGGCAGAUCCUGAGUAGAAUCAAUCCCGUUGAUUAAUUUCAAAAGGAAAGAACCUUUGAGGAAGAAACUCAUACUCAACCAGGAACCACUUAUAAAGAAAUACGGAUAGAAGUGAUCGACUGGCGUUAAGCUUUGGCCAUUUGGGGACAUUGCGGGCACUAAUUCGCUCCGGUGGUGCUCCUUUCCGAAAAAAUAAGAGCGGGAACGACAGCUUAUCGGACGCACGCCGUGAGCGGCACGUACACGUAGUUCGUUUCCUCUCUGCGUGGGAAAGACAUACGCGGGCGAUCAAGUUAGGGUCUUCAUCUUCUCGACAGGAUUUGUAGUACCUCCUUACGCCUAGAACAACAAGUAUACAGAUUAUAAUUUAUAGGAAGUUGUACCUUCUUAAUACGCUUAGCGAUACAGAUGAUCAUGAUGGGCAUAAGAGGUACGUAUGAGCAGCGUUUGGGCAGCUGUUGUAUUCAUUAUCCUCAUUUAUAGUAGGUCUUACCGUAUUUUCCUCACCGAUCUAGUAGGUCCUCAUAGACAUAGUGGUGCCACUUCUAAAUCAGGUUCCUGACGACGUAAAAACCAGUCACAGCAUGCGUCAGUGGUUGCUGGAGCAGCGCGCAAAGCGGCCCAAUGGUGGACCACGGAGAGACCAGGCGGAGAGAGUAACAUGGUUCAAAUCAAUGGGUUGGGAAGCAAAGUGGCCAUUACACUAUGCGGCGAUAACCGGCGCACCACCUGCGCAGCUUACGGCGUGCGUUCUUGGGCACAGUAAAGAAAUGAAACAGCAUCUUCUAGUCGGAGAUGAUGAUCCAGCAGGUGAUGCUCUGUUCAUGAUUGCAGCAAUGAUUUCGAAGUUACGAUAUAACGAGAAGACUUUUGGGAUACUAUGACAACUACUUGCGGAUCCCUCCCUUGGCUUAGAGGUGUACUGCAAAUCUUGAUUGGCUCCUUCCUUUUUUAUAAGGAUGGGGCGUAGGUCCAGCGACGCCUAAAGCACUAAGCAAAGCAACCGGUUAGUUUUCACCUCUUUACUGUAGCUCUAUCCCUUCAUGCAAAAUACUACUACAAGUACUUGUGGAUCUUGUUUCUUUACCGUAAAAAGAGUGAUCUUACUUUUCAUCUUCUGGAGGAUCUGUUUUCUGUUUUCGUCGUGAGCACAAUUGACAUUCUAAGCUAUCAUCUUGCAAGCAACAAGGAGGAAAAUGACUUCAAGAGUACCUCCAGUCGGGACCCGAAUGAAAAGUUGACGGAUUGGUACGAUUCGGAACCUCUUGGAUGGGCUGCUGCUUUCGGGCAGUUGCACUCGGUGAUCGACUUGAUUUUGCUUGGCGCAGAGCCUGACAGGCCUCCGAAUGAAGAAGGUCACACGCCGUGUAGUGAGGCUGCAAGGGAGCGACACGAGCACGUCGUUCAAUUUCUGGACGACUACCAAUCAGAGCUCGAACGACAAACGACUCGAUUACAAGAAAUGUUGAAAAAACAAGGUGGACCUCGAUUCGUAGUAGAUGAAGCACCAGGUGGAGGAGCGUGCUGUUCCUCAGUCUCCUCGUCGACAGCGACAACACCAUCAAAUUCUUCAGCCUCUGCUGCUAGAAGUGUAGGGGGAAACAAGAACUACACUCACUACAAGAACACUGGACGAGGGACAUUAUCGAGAACAGGACCUUCUUGUUCAAAGAAGGACCUCGACGGUCAUAUACCGCAGGAUUCUCAUCUUACUACGUCGAAAAAGAACAAGUCAUGGGAUCUUGUUCAGGAUCACCAGUCAUCUGACAUGCUGCAUAAGCAUAUGAUCUCCAAUCAACACGAAAGCAGAAGUAAAAGACAGGUCAGAACAAAUUCAAGUGGAGGCACUAGUAAAUCGUCCACAUCAAGAACAGAUAAUUAUGGUCCCUAUCGAGGACCACCAGGCCAUGCAUCUUAUAUUCGCACGUCGUCCUUUGAGGCACCACUUGUCAGGGGAGCACCGAUACAGCAGAAAAUGGCAUCUGCUCCGCCGCAGUUCUUCGCAUCAGCCUUCGCCCCAUUAACCUCAAGUGCAAAAGGGAAUGAGGAGAUUAUUAAGGGUAAGUAGCUUGAAGGUGUGUCUGUUACCGUUUCUUUUGCCUCUCUUAAGGGAGAAAGGCAGAACAAACGGGAUGCAACAUGAAAACCGAAACCCUAUCUCUAAGAUUAAGCGUCCUUUUCGCGAUCGCGAUCGCGUGCCUCCGAAAGGCGGCGAAGUAGAGAGGCGACUUUCGUCAUUUGCUGACGGCGAAUCAUGGACGAAGUGCUAGCACUGGCGAAGUGAGAGCGCCAUUGGAUGACAGACUUUGUAACUAAGUGAAUACUUCUUGGCUGCCUUUUAUUUGAAUUUUUGCUCGCGCUCGCGAAUACAACGUCAACUUCGAACAUACGAGAGAACUCUAUCUCUAUCAUCAAAACGAGAACCUCAUCAAGUAAGAACAGACUAUUUGGGUCCCCGUAAAUCGUUCAUGCAUGGUUGCAGUGCUCUACUGGAAAAAAAAAUAGACUCUAUGAUAGUAUCCUAGAUCCUACCUUCCAGAUCUACAUCGAUACACCAAUGUCUCUUUCUGAGUAAGUAAUGUUGUAGCUCCCGCUAACGAUUAUGCAUGAACAUGAAGAUGAGAAUGAAAAGAGAAUCCCCAAGAAUACUAGAUAAGCCUGACGAGUUUAUCUACAUCAUUUUGCUCACCGUACUUCACAAUUUCUAUGAGAGAAUCGGUGGUCCACGACCGAAAAAUAUUUUCACAUGCGGGCUGAUGCCUCAAAAUUUUGACUGGGUCCUGGUACCGGUACGUUUUGCUUGACGACGCAUAAGGGUAAAGUAGAGCAAGCAUGUUGCACUCUGCAAAUGCGCUAAACCAGAA